AUGUCUUUCCCGGAGACGCCUCCGUCACCAACUGCCGCGAGGUCUGCGGAGGGCAUACGUCAUUUCAGGAGUCCAGGAACCUUUGACCCAGCCAAAGAGGAGUGGAACCUCUGUCACGUGAGGUUCGAAGCUGCCUUGCGUGUGGCCAGGAUUUCUGACGACCAAGACAAGAGCAGCCUACUUAUAUCUUCAUUGAGUCCAGAAGUCUUCAAGCGACUAUACCCCUCGUUGGAGCCACGCAACAUUGCCCAGGUCCCCUUCACCGAGCUUCUCAAGAAGAUGUCAGAACAUUUGUCGGAGAAAGAGCGUUCAUCCGUUGGACUACGAGACGAACGACUCCGGACACGGCUUGUGCUUGAAAAGGACCUUAACUUGGAUUCUGCGCUCCUGUUGGCGGAAAGUUGUUUGGCAGCGGCAACUGAAUCUCAACAGCUGUGCUCAAAGUACGCCGUGCACCUGCUGAGCCCUGACCGAAACAUUCGAUGCUUUCGAUGUGGAAACACCAACCAUGGCGCAGACGACUGCCGAUUCCGAUCCGAAGACUGCCAUUCUUGCGGCAAGAAGUGCCACAUAGCGAAGAUGUGCCGCAGUAGCAGCUCCUCAGCGAUGUCAUCAGCCCCGUCCAGAAGGGGAAGGCGCUCUCGCAAGGUCAAGCUCGUCACUGAUGUUUACAUAGCGGAAGAACACGAUGGACAGUUUGUGACUUGCCGGAUCGAAGGAAAAUAUGUCCUGCUUCAAGUGGACACAGGAUCUCGCGCAACCCUACCUGAUGAGCGGACUUUUCUCAAACUAGGAUGUCCUAAGUUAAGUCCUCCAAGAUACCAACUCCGUUGCUUCAACAAGGCCGACAUUGGGCUGCGCGGACAGACACAUCUUCAAGUAUGCUUGGGAGAACACAGCGAGAAGUUGGAAGUUCUGUUCACAAGAACUGAACACACAAAUCUUCUAGGGAGGGACUGGAUUCGAGCGCUUCGCAUCGACAUGAAUUCGCUCUUUGUUGGAAGUGUAGGCGCCGAGGAACCGUCUCUGACCGAGACCCUAGAGAAGUAUCAAGAUUUGUUUCGUCCAGAUUUGGGAAGGCAAGCCGUUGAGAAGGAUCUGCAGAGGCAAGUUCACAAUGGAGUACAGCAACCAGUUGAGGUCUCGGAAUGGGCGACGCCUAUCGUUGUGGUGCCGAAACCAAAUGGAGCCGUAAGGGUAUGUGGCGACUUCAGCGUUACCGUCAACCCGCAACUGGCGAUUACGCAGUAUCCACUGCCACGACCGGAAGAGCUACUGGCAGUCCUCAACGGUGGUCAGAAGUUUACAAAGCUAGAUCUGUCUGAGGCCUAUCUACAAAUGGAACUUGAUGAAGAGGCCAAGAAGUUGCUCGUCAUCAACACACACCAGGGCCUGUUCCAGUUCAACAGGAUGAUGUCCUUUGGUAUCGCCUCAGCACCAGCUGUUUUCCAACGCACGAUGGAACAGGUCAUUGCUGGACUGUCAUCGGUAGCUUGCUAUCUUGACGACAUUAUCGUCACCGGAAGAAAUGACGCAGAGCACCUCACAAACUUGGACAAGGUUUUCACUCGACCACAGGAAUUCGGCUUCACUUUGAAGAGAGAGAAGUGUGCGUUCCUCCAGCCGCAGGUGGAGUACUUAGGUCAUGUUGUGGAUGCCGAGGGUUUUAGACCAUCACCCAAGAAGGUUUCAACAAUUCUCAAUAUGCCUCCACCCACUCAGGUGUCGGAGUUGCGUUCAUUUCUAGGAAUGGUCCAGCAUUGCGGCAAGUAUUUGAAGAGCUUGUCAUAUGUUUGCGCACCGAUGAAUGACUUGUUAAAGAAAGGUAUGGCGUGGAAGUGGUCAGCCGCAUGUGUAGAAGCUUUCGAGACUGUCAACAGAAUGUUGACAUCCGCCGAGAUCUUGACUCACUACGAUCCGGCGAAGCCCAUCUUCUUAGCGGUUGAUGCUUCUUCAAAAGGACUCGGCGCAGUCAUCUAUCACCGUAUCAAUGGCAAAGACAGACCGGUAGCUCACGCAUCAAAGACACUCACGUCGGCAGAGACGAAGUACGCUCAGGUAGAGCGAGAGGCACUUACCAUCAUCUUUGGUGUGAGAAAAUUCCAUCAAUACCUAUGGGGAAGGAGGUUUGUCCUCUACACCGACCAUAAGCCCUUGACCACCAUUUUCGGGCCAAGAAAAGGGAUACCAGUCUCAACAGCGAGUCGUCUACAGCGCUGGGCACUUAUUUUGAUGAGCUACACCUACGAUAUCGAAUUCAAAUGA